CGAAAUGAAUCCAAACAUGAAUAUGAUGCAAAUGUCAGGGCCAUCCAUGAUGCAAGUGUCGCCGAUGAUGCAAUCCUCGCCGCAGCCCAUGAUGCCAACCGGUCCUGUGCCGGGACCCGUGCCAAUGCAGCAGCAACAGCAUCAACAACAGCAACAACAACAACAACAGGCGGAGAAACUGGACAACAUAUCGAGGGUGAAGAGUCUACUGGGUCCCUUGCGUGAAUCAAUGUUCCUGACCAUACGUUCCAGUGCCUUUACUCUGCAACAGAACAAUCUGGCCGAUAAUCUCAAGCGGGACACGGGUGGACAUGGCCAUGUGCCGCGAUUUGACAAACAUCUGGAAGAUUUCUAUGCUUGCUGCGAUCAAAUGGAGCUGCAUCUGAAGACUGCCAUUCAGUGCAUGCAGCAGUUGACAUCGUCGCAACAUUAUCUACCUGGUGCCGUGACCGCCAUGCGCAUGGAGAACUUUAUGCAGGAUAAUCCCGCUGGACCAAUUCCCUAUCCCACUUAUUUGAAUACAGUACGUGUGCAUGUGCAGUCUGCAAAGGAUAUUCAUGAUACGCUGAUUAGCGCGGCGCAAAAUAUAUCACAGGCUGAUUGAUAAUUAGAGUACUUUUAUGUUUGGCAUUAGAUCUUAAUUAAUACGUAAUGCACUUAAGCGUAAUCCAAUUUGAUAUAUGUACAUUUAAUAAAAUAUAUUUAAUAGUUUUUCCAACUU